GCCGGACUUGUCAUCCGCGAUUCCGGAUGUCUGCUGUGGUAAGAGGAAAAUUUGUUUUCUGCCUCUCAUCCUUGACAGCUUGUGUGCAACGGGGCUGCCGAUGAAAGUUAAUGUAGCAAAUUAGGUAUUUAACCCAACGUCUCGACGGAACUAAAGCUGAUUGGGAUGUUAUCAUGGAGAGAGCCAAUCACCAAGAAGGAGAGGCACUGGGAGUGAAGAUUUGUGAUCCCCCAUCUGAGAGCAAUCCAAUUGCUGACACGUUGGCGACUUCUCUCUCCCUCUUGGGGAAUCACAUGUUUCCUGAUCCAGUGGAGAGAAACGACAGCACCACUGUUAACAGAGAUGAGCCUGCGACUUCGCAGCCAUCAGAUGUUACAGCAGAGGAACCCAGCGUGGAUGCGGACCCCCCUUCUAACCAGUUAAUGAAGCUAGAGAGCGAGGAGACAGAAAACUCUGAGCGUCAGAACGUUGUGUGUGCUCAGCCAGCUGACAGAGAGACUGAGGAUGCUGCUGCUGACAAUGACAAGAGUGACUCUGGCGAGUUUGUUGUUGCAAUGCUGGCCAAGGCCAAGCUGGAGGAACAAGGUAUUGGUGUGAAGGGGCGAUCUUCUCCAUUGUUGGAGGCAGGAACCCAAGAAUCUCCUACAUUUACAUCUCAUCGUGAUGAGGAUGUUACAGCUGACAGCUGGCGGCAGCACAGGAAGCACGUUUUUGUGCUAAGUGAAGCUGGCAAGCCCAUUUAUUCCCGAUACGGCAGUGAAGAGGCUCUGUCAUCUACAAUGGGAGUCAUGAUGGCGCUGGUGUCGUUUGUCCAAAGUGGAGAUAAUAUCAUCCGCUCAGUUUAUUCAGAGGAGCACACUGUGGUGUUUUUACAGAAAGGGCCUCUGGUGCUGGUGUGUGUUUCCAGCAGCCGCCAGUCUGAGCAGCAGCUGCGUGGAGAGCUCAUGUACGUGUACUAUCAGAUCAUCAGCAUGCUCACCCAGGCCAGCAUAUCCCGCAUCUUUGAACACAAGAAAAACUAUGACCUGAGGAGACUCCUAGCAGGCUCAGAGAAGAUCCUCGACGGCCUCCUCAAUCUGGUGGAUUCGGACCCCAGCUUCCUGCUGGCAGCAGUGCACUGCUUGCCUCUAGCUUCCUCUCUCAGGGACUCUCUCAGCCAGAUCCUGCAGAAAGCAAUCACACCCAAUCUGGUUUUCUCCAUCCUCAUCGCCAAGAACCAAUUACUAACUAUCGUCCAAGAAAAGACUGUCAUUGAGGACACAAGGCUGGAGCCAGCUGACGUUCACCUUCUGCUCAACCUCAUUGGAGCCUCCUCUGCCUUUCAGGCCGGGGAGAUCUGGACUCCUAUCUGCCUCCCACUCUUUAAUCCUGACUGUUACUUUUAUGCAUACAUUUCUUACCUGGACCCUCCAGAUUGCACUGUUUGUCUGCUGCUGCUCUCGACAGACAAGGAGGCUUUCUAUGCUGUGGCCGAGUGCAAGAGGAAGAUAGAGGAGGCCAUGGUGGCUCAGAACUCCCUGAGCCUCAUCGCUAAAGCUCAGUCGUACAGCGUGAGCCAGGUGGGAGUUUCAGACCUCAGACACUUCAUGUACAAGCCUUUUGAUGUGCCAGACAACUUCCGCCAGCUCACUCAGUUCACCAGCCCAGAGAUGGAGGCACCGUACAGCAGCGAAGAGGAGAAAAUGCGACUCCUGGAUCUGUAUCGCUACAUGCACAGCCGCAUCCACAGCACCUCACGACCCCUCAAGCUCAUCUACCACGUCGCCGAGAGGGAAACUCUGCUAGCCUGGGUUACGAGCAAAUUUGAGUUGUACACCUGCUUCAGCCCUCUGGUUACAAAGGCCUGUGCAAUUACAGCCAUCACUAAGCUUCUAAGAUGGAUUAAAAAGGAGGAGGACCGUCUCUUCAUCAGAUACCCCCCGAAAUAUUCAACCACUCCAAACCCCAGCAAGAGCUCCCGAGGUGGCAAAUCUGACCAGCAAGACUCCACAGAUAAUGGCUUCUUAUCUCUUCUAUAGGACUCUGUUAGCACUCCUAUAGCGGCUCUGCCUCAUCCAACAAUAGUUUUACACUGGUUACAAGAUAUUUUUGAAUCCUCUUUUGACACUUGUUGGACUUGUCAGACAUUGACUACUGGAAUCAAACACUACGUUUUACACUAUUUAAGAAGGACUAAUCUAUUUGAAACUAGUAUUAAUUCCUUUACCUUAACAAGAAAGCAUGUCAUCACAUUGCUGCUUUCAAACAGAAACAGUCAGGGCAAAACAGCAUUAGUACGUUUUAAAUUGAACUGUGGUACAGCAUAAUUGCAAUGAUAUUUAAAUGUUUUUAUAUUGUUUUAUUACAGCAACAAGAGAAAAAAAAUUCCUUACAGACAGUGAAUGUAUCACACAGACAGCAGUUCAUUCAUUGUCUUUUUGGAGAAAAAUUAACUUAAACUACCUUUCUGUAACUAGAUCACACAAGUACUUAUUCGUUUCAUCACACAAACCCGAAUCAAUGUAACAAAACCCGAUAUGCAAGUAUGUUGUGUUUUGGGGAUUAGUAUAAACUGGAAUAACGACAAUGUGGACUGCCAGAAGAGGGAUGGGCCAGCGUGUGUCAUACAUACCACGAACAAACAGUCGUCUGUGAAUCUGAAGAUCGCUCAUCCCUGUGAAGGAACUGAAUAACAUGGCGCUGUUUCAUAUCCCACUGAUGUUUCUACUCAAAUUAAAACGAGGUGUCAGCUUUCAGUCAUGUCACAGUUUGUGCAGGAGACAAGUGAGACAUCCCAGCCUUUACAUGAUUCUUGUCACUGUUGGUGUUUUGUUAAAAGAAGUCAAACCUGCAUCAUCUGUUAAGAUGAGAAGAUGCCACUAAGCUGAUGCAAUGUUUGUUUGUUUUUUGCUGAAGAUACUUCUAGUAUGAUUAUCACCUGAAACCUAAUGUAGUGACUUCAGGUGACUUAUCUUUUUGGAGAAUAGUUUUGUAAAGAUGGUCUAUAAACAGUAGCCUCAUCCUUGUGUCCUUUGAGGAAUCCCCUGUCAAUUCCAGUAUGUCUGUAGUAUUAUGAAAUAAAUACCAGGUUGCACAAAUCCACAGUUGUCCUAAUUAAGUAGAGAUAUGGUGAUUUUUUUUUUGAGAAAUAGAAAAGUAAUAUCAAGCAUCAGCUGAUUUUUGUGGUUCAGUUAUUUCUCAGUUUCUUGGAAAGUAUGACCUAAUUUGGUACUAAUUAAAGGAAAAGCAAAGGCUUCCAGCCUGCGUAGAUGUAAAGUCAGCGCACAGCAGGUGAGCUGAACAUGCAAUUAUGAGAGGUUUAUCUGCAAGCAAGCAUUCUGUUCAAAAAGCAAGAAUAAAGGUUCAGUAAUAAAGAUAAAAUAUUUGGGUA